AUGUUGGAUGUAGGAGUGGAUACCUGGAAGGACGGUGCACCCCCAAAGCAGCAGCCAAUGAUAUAUAUCUGUGGAGAAUGUCACAUAGAAAAUGAAAUGAAAUCCAGGGAUCAAAUCAGAUGCAGAGAAUGUGGAUAUAGAAUAAUGUACAAGAAACGAAACCAAAGAUUGGUGGGUUUUGAUGCUUGA